AUGAAGCGGUUCUUCAAAAAACCGAGCUCCGAAGAGAGCACCCCGGACCACGCCGAGGAGUCGCCCGAAGGCAUCCUCCUGCGCGAGAUGGCGCGCGCUGGCGCCGGGCCCUCGGGCAAUGAAUUCGUCCAUCUACCCCGAAUUGUCGAGAGCGCCGAGUCGAGUCCCGCUGCUGCGAAGGAGGCUGCCAGCCGUAUUCGAAGAUACCUGUCCACCCCGGCCAGCACUCCUAACCAAGUCCAAUACAAUGCGAUCAUGCUCAUGCGCAUCCUCGUCGACAACCCGGGCCACAGCUUCACGCGCAAUUUCGAUGCCAAAUAUGUCUCUACUUUGAAGGAUCUCCUCCGCUACGGCCGGGACCUGCAUGUGCAGCACUAUCUGCGCCAGUAUCUAGACACGCUCGAGGAUACCAAGGCCUCGGACCCGGACCUUCAGCUGCUUCUGCAGAUGUGGGCGAAGGAGAAAAAAAGAAUGACCGGAAAUUUCAACAACCAAGCACCGGCGGCUGGAUAUGCACCUCACUUGCAGGGUUCUUUUCCCCCGCCACCCGCCAACUCAUUACCGAAUGCAGGCGAACUGGCGGCGCGCGUGGAAGAGGCAAGGAACUCGGCAAAGCUGCUAACGCAGUUUGUCCAGACUACACCUCAGGCUGAGAUAGAGGAGAACGAACUAAUCAAAGAAUUUGUCGACCGCUGCCGAACCUCUUCACGACUGAUCCAGUCCUAUAUUCACUCCAUCAAUCCCUCUCCGGAUGAAGACACCCUUCUUACCCUCAUCGAAGCCAACGACGAAAUCUCCGUGGCCAUGUCGCAACAGCAGCGCGCCAUGCUGAAGGCGCGCAAGGCCCGCGGUGCCAUGAGCCCCAACUCCAACGUCAACACCCCUUCUCUAACAGGCAGCGAGACUGUGGCUUCUCCUGCGUCACGCCCCGCCUCUUUGGAGCCGGCACAGCGGGCGUCCAGAAUCCCGGAGCAGCAGUCAGCACCACCGGUCGAGCUGCCUUCUAUAAUGCCCAGCACGGUAAUGUCCGGCGGCAGGCCAAAUGCAUCAAGGACCAAUAGCGAGCGACACGAAUAUAGCUCUACCGAUUUCGAGGUGCAGAACCCCUUCGCUGACAACUACGCCACAAAUGACGCCAAUGAGCAGCGCCAGCAUCCUCUAACGUCGAAUCCGCCCCAGGAACGUGUGGCUUUCCAGCCUACAGAGCAGGGGCGUUGA